CAAAUACUUUACCUUCCAACUCAAUUCUAUGUGAUCGUAUGAAUCUCUAAUACACCAUACCGACGCUUUAACCAUAAAGUGCUCCGGAAACUGCAGCAUGACGACGGAAAAGAAGCUCUCUUCAGCCCGCAGUAGCUCGGAGAUUGACGAUCACGAUGAUGUUAAGAUGGAGGUCUCUACCGAGAGCUACAGAAGAAAAGACCCUUUCUCAGCAGCGAAGAACCCACCAGCAACUAAAAAGAAGGACACUGGCUCAGAGGAAGAAGUCCAGCAGCUGUUGGUGAGUAAAGAAGAGCUUCCACCUGAGCAGCAGGAGUGGAGCCACAUUCUGGACCAGGAGGACACUAAGCCCCAACACAUUAAAGAAGAACAUGAGGAACUGUGGAUCAGUCAGGAGGAAGAACAGCUUCAAGGACUGGAGGAGGCUGAUACCACCAAGUUUCCCUUCACUCCUGUCUCUGUGAAGAGUGAAGAUGAUGAAGAGAAACCUCAGUCCUCACAGCUUCAUCAGAGACAAACUGAACAGAUGGAAACAGGAGUUGAUGGAGAGGACUGUGGAGGAGCAGAACCAGAGAGAGGCUCAGAUCCAGAGAGAUGUUUACAACCAGAGAUUGAGGUCAAGAUUGAAGACUCUGAUGAACCUGAGACUGAUGACAGUGAUGAUUGGCAAGAGACAAGAGAAGAUCUGUCAGAAUUAAACUUGAAAAAUAAGACACUAAAUACUGGUAAGAGACCACAUAGGUGCUCAGCGUGCGGUAAAAGAUUUAACCGAAAAGAGCAUCUGACCAGACACAUGAUGAUUCACACAGGAGAGAAACCCUUCAGUUGCUCUAAAUGUGAGAACAGAUUUACCUGUAAGUCUAGUUUGACAUAUCACAUGGCAAAUCACAGAGGGGAGAAACCCUUUCACUGCCUUGAGUGUAGUAAAAGAUUUAACAGAAAAGGGCAUCUGACCAGACACAUGUUAGUUCAUACAGGAGAGAAAGCUUUCAGCUGCUCUGAGUGCGGUAAAAGAUUUUACUUGCAAAAUGAUCUGACUACACACAUGACUAUUCAUAUGGGAGAAAAACCCUUCAGCUGCUCUGAGUGUGGUCAAAGAUUUAACCGAAAAGGAAAUCUGUCCAAACACAUGAUUAUUCACACAGGAGAGAAAUGCUACAGCUGCUCUCAGUGUGGAAAACAAUAUAGACAUAAGGGGAAUCUGAAGACACACAUGUUAGUUCACACUGGAGAGAACGCUUUCAGCUGCUCCGUUUGCAGUAAAGGUUUUACCCGAAGAGGAAGUCUGGCCACACACAUCUUAGUUCACAAAGGAGAGAGACCCUUCUGUUGCUCUCUUUGCAGUAAAGCAUUUUAUCAAAAAGGAGCCUUAACCCAACACAUGUUAGUUCACACAGGAGAGAAACCAUUUAGCUGCUCUGAGUGUGAGAAACGAUUUACCACGAAGUCAAGUUUUUCAAUUCACAUGGCAAAUCACAGAGGGGAGAAACCCUUCAGCUGCCUUGAGUGUAGUAAAAGAUUUAACAGAAAAGGGCAUCUGACCAGACACAUGUUAGUUCAUACAGGAGAGAAACCAUUCAGCUGCUCUGAGUGUGGUAUAAGGUUUAGUUCUGAGGGAAAACUGACCAGUCACAUGAUGAUUCACACUGGAGAGAAGGCCUUCAGCUGCUCUCAGUGUGAGAAAAGAUUUACCCAUAAGUCUAGUUUGACAAAUCACAUGGCAUUUCAUAGAGGGGAGAAACCCUUCAGCUGCCUUGACUGUACUAAAAGAUUUUACCAAAAAGUGCAUCUGACCAGACACAUGUUAGUUCAUACAGGAGAGAAACCCUUCAGCUGCUCUGAGUGUGGUAAAAGGUUUAACCGUAAAGUGCAUCUGACCAGACACAUGUUAGUUCAUACAGGAGAGAAACCCUUUAGCUGCUCUGAGUGUGGUAAAAGGUUUAGUUCUAAGAUAAAUCUGACCAAACACAUGAUGAUUCACACUGGAGAGAAAUGCUAAUCCUGUGUAAUGGUAAAUGUUACAUGUUUUGUUGCUGACAUAUGAACCAGUAAGUUGGGAGCAGCUAUGACGUUUGAAUGUAAAGGGUUUAUAUGAAACAGUUACAGUGUAAGGAUCCUUCUUC